UUGGUUAACUAAGAAUGAAGCCCGUUAUAAAACAAAAUUUAUAAUUUUGGGCAACAUAUAAUUUGAUUAAAAUGCUUCCAAAAAAAAUAGUUUCAUUUAAAACUAGAAAUAUAUUUUAGAUGAUAAGAUAUUAUACGACAGAGACGAGCCCAACAACCUUAUACAUGUGAAAUAAAACUAUUUUGUUAAUGUUUUAGCACCAAAAAAAUACUGAAGAUAACAGGAAAGAAGAUGAAAGGGAGUGAAAAACCCAGUUGCACAACCUUCAAUGAUCUCAGCUACCCAUUUCUCAUCUUCGGUUCCUAAUGGCAGAUCUUAAGUUUUCUUUCGCUGAAACUUUUCUUUGUAGUGCUUUUGCUGCUUGUUUUGCUGAGUUCUGUACCAUUCCUUUGGAUACUGCCAAAGUCAGACUCCAGCUCCAAAAGAAAGCAGUUGGUGAUGAAGUUAAUUUACCAAAAUAUAGGGGCUUGUUGGGUACCAUGGCUACCAUUGCUAAGGAAGAAAGAUUAUCAGCACUUUGGAAAGGAAUAGUUGCUGGUUUACAUCGCCAAUGCAUUUAUGGAGGUCUAAGGAUCGGGUUAUAUGAACCUGUCAAAACACUAUUAGUUGGUGCUGAUUAUGUUGGUGAUAUUCCGUUAUACCAAAAAAUUAUAGCAGCUCUAUUGACUGGUGCUCUAGCUAUUACAGUUGCUAAUCCAACUGAUCUUGUCAAAGUUCGGCUGCAAGCUGAAGGAAAAUUUCCAGCUGGGAUUGCUAGGCGUUAUUAUGGGACUUUGGAUGCAUACUACACCAUAGUUAGAGAAGAAGGACUAGCAGCACUGUGGACUGGGCUUGGUCCCAACAUUGCACGAAAUGCCAUUGUAAAUGCUGCUGAACUAGCCAGUUAUGAUCAAGUGAAACAGACAAUUUUGAAGAUUCCCGGAUUCUCAGACAAUGUCCUAACACAUCUUCUGGCAGGUCUUGGUGCAGGUUUCUUUGCAGUCUGUAUUGGUUCUCCAAUUGAUGUGGUAAAAUCAAGAAUGAUGGGAGACUCUGGCUACAAAAACACUCUUGAUUGUUUCAUUAGAACUUUGAGGAAUGAGGGAUUCCUUGCCUUUUAUAAGGGGUUUGUUCCUAAUUUUACUCGGCUGGGAUCUUGGAACGUGGUUAUGUUCUUGACUCUUGAGCAAGCCAAGAAAGCUUUCCGGGGGGAAUUAUAUUAUGAUUGAUUUUAGUUUGCAAUCAGGAAGACACACCUUUUACUUGCAUAUUGUGUCUUCGAUCUCAAGGAGAAUAUUUUUUGAUCAAAGAAAUAAGGUAGGAGCAUUGCCCAAAUCUCUUUUUCGUAUAACUUACCAUUUUUCUUAGACAAAAUAGUAUUACUGUAACAAUCAAUGUUAUCUGGACUUGGGAGAAAGUGUUUUCAAUUUUUUCCAAGUAUUUUUUUUUUCCAUAUAUUUGGAGGAUCAUACUCUUAUAUCCAUGUUAGAAUACAUGUCAAACACAAAUAUUUUAAGUAAAAAAUGAAGAGUUUGGAUAACAUAGAUGAACUAUUAAGUGAAGUUUUAAGUCAGUAAUUAGAUAUGUUUUAGGUGUUAUUACGCCUAUCUUGUCAUCUGGUGUCCUACCAAACAAACUGAAAAUUGGCAAAUAUUUGCCACAUUGUAUUUGGAAUCAUGUAAUAUCUUAACAUUUGUGGGAGGUUCAAGAAAUAUUUGCUUGUUAUUAGUAAAA